AUGGACCAACCACUCCAAUAUAUAGGACCCCCACCAUCGGUAGCGGAAGAAAGGCUCUUCGGAGGCCUCAAGGGUGACCUACAAGUUGCGGCGCGGGAUCUUGAGGACAUGGCGGCCACGGUUGAGGAUGCCGGACAGCACCGACCGGACCGGGAGCCGUGGCUGAUCCACACGGGAUUCCCGACCCACCUUCGGGGGCUCCAGGACGUGGAGAUUUGGUCGUCCUAUAAGCUGCCUAAAAAGGAAAACAUUCUGCUGUAUGACCGGCCACGAGUGGACGAGGGAAUACGUACCCUCGGCGCCGGCUACGAGAACAACGACAAUGCGGGAGAUGAACAGGACGAAGAAUGCGACCUCAGGCGCAUACUGGCCGCGGCAGAUGCCUUGUUUAGAAGUGCGUAUAUGUGGGUAUCGGAUAGGUCACCAACGCAAAAGAUGACACAACAACGCGCCCAGAUACUCAGCGACUUUGCGUGGGGUGUUGGCAAAAAGGGCAAGGACACGGCCUUCCGCCGCUUCAAGAACCCGUCGUCAUUAACGGACUACUUCAGAACGAUGAAACAGCUGCUGGUCUACUACUACAGAGUGAUUUACUGCGAAGGCGGUCACUUCGCUCGGCCUCGGGAAGAAGUCUAG